UGUUCCGUGGUGUGAGGUUGUAACUGUGACAGUGAUCGUGAUGGGAAAAAUUUUAUAUUUUUUGCCACUGGCCUUUAUUUGCUCAUACGCAGGACCUUUAGAACUCACAAUAACGGAAAGAAUUUUAAAUGGACUAAAUGCCACCAUUGAACAAUUUUCUUAUAUGGUUUCCAUUCAGCGUGUUAGUGACAUUUCUAAUCCGGGACACGGACAUACGUGUGGUGGCGUAUUGAUUACACAACGGCAUGUUUUGACGGCUGCCAGUUGUACAUAUCGUAUCGACUACGCUAACAACAAACAAGUGAUACACUAUAAUGAAAGCGAUUUCAUAGUAUUUGCAGGCUCCGCUUUUCUAAAUGAAACAUCAUCAGAUAGAAUAAGAAGUAUAGAAAAUUAUACAAGGCACCCUGAACAUCUAAUUGAACCUUCUCGUGCUAAUGAUCUUGCCAUUAUUACUUUGGUAAGUCCUUUUCCGGAAAGAGUUGUGAAACCACUAGCAUUGCCACCUUCCGAUUACACACCACGUGACUCAACAGUAUGCACAAUUGCCGGUUGGGGUGCACAGACUAAUUUAUCCUCUAUACCGUCAGUACAGUUGCAGUAUAUAAACAAUUAUAUUUUAAAUCAAAAUUCUUGCAUAUCACUGUUUAAUAAUUUUGACCAAGUGGAAAAAAUUUUACCCUCCAUGGUUUGCACGAACGUUAGUGAUAACAAUACAAAAGGUUGUAAGGGUGAUCAAGGAAACGCAUUAGUAUGCGGCGGCAUAUUAACAGGAAUCUCAUUCUUGCCAAACGAUUGCAUGAGCGAGAAUUCAUCACGGCCAGAACUAUACACUAGAGUUUCCAAUUACACAAGAUGGAUACAAACUGUUACGGAUUCUGCUCCUAAUAUUAAACCACGAUUUUACUCGCUUCUAAUACUCACAGUUUUUCAUGCGUUUUUUCAAAAAGUAGUAAGUUAAGUUGAACUAGCGUAAUCUAGAUAUAAGUUUAGGAAAAUUAAAAUGCUGUUUAUACAGCA